GGAUGUCCAAACUCGGGGAAGUCUCCCAGAAACUGCGCGGCUCUGUCGGCCAGAUGCACCGGAUGGAACUGCUCGGCUCCAGGCGGCGAGCUCUCCUCGGAAGCAGCCCCGUCCAAGCAGCCCUCUCCCACGCAUGCCCUCGCUCGGACCCUGGGUCUGACCCGCAGCGGAAGUCUGCACUCCAAGCCCUUGCAAUCCCGCGUGUGGUUGACGGACAUGGGGGGUCUCACGCAGUCCUCGUCCGUGCAUGCUGCGGGACGGACUUCCGCUGCGGUACCCAAGUGCCGCGCCGGUCUGGACGACCUGCUGCCGGGGCAGUGGUCGCCGGUGCACGGUCUCGGGUCUCCGGUCUGGGAACAGUGGGUCCCAAUGCAGAUGUCAGCGCGCACUGACGCCAGCAGAAUAAGCAGCACUGAUGAUGGCAACAACAUCUUGCAACGCAGUGACAGGAACACAUGAAAGAGAAAGUCCGCUUGUCAUAAAAUGCUUGAUGAAAGUUAUUUGGCAGACUGCUUUCGAAUCUCGCAUCCCCGCCGCCUUGCGUGCACGCCAGACCCACUCUGAGCUGGCCGGAGCUCAGUCCUCCACGUCGGGAUGUGAGGACGGCAUUCCAGGAACUUCAUUAGCGUCAGGUUUCCUCCACCGCCGCCAUGUUAACCCUUAGCUUACCAGCACCGUUUACCACAUGAUGCAGCUAGUCAAAUCGAAGAAAAGAUAUAUGAACAAAACAUUUUUUUUUAAGUUGUUACAGGUAGAUAACGUGUUAAAACAACUAGCGUGAAGAAGUAUACGCAAAAAUAAGCUAACUCGCUCAAAUGAGUGGUUAAGCUUGUGGCGCCAAUUAGCUUGAUAAGUUAAUGACGAUAAAGCUAUACGCUAGCAAAGCUAGAUAUACACAUGCUGUCAUGUAGGUAACGUGUAAAUUGCUCAAAAAAAUGUCGUCUCAUUGGAAUAUGUGUUCAUUUUCCUGCAUUGAGACAAGUUACAGUCAGCAUGUUGAGACAGCUGCUGGUCGUCAAGCCGGGAGACGGCGGUGUUGUGCUGGCCUUCCUUGUCAACACCGAGUGAGGACACUCUAUGGACACAGCCAACACAAGUCGUCCAACGAUGGCACAAGGAUGGAAUGCAAAGAUGGGACGCCGCUCUACUUUAUGUGCUUUUCUGGAACUGUGCUUGGGGGAGAUGGAAGACAUUGAUGCCAUGUUCAGUGACCUGCUGGGGGAGAUGGACCUCCUGACUCAGAGUCUUGAACAGGAAGCAGCCCCACCUGCCCCCUUGCCAAACGCUAACCAGGAAGUCAACCUCUCCAUCGGCUUCACAGACCUUAACGAGUCCCUCAAAGAGCUGGAGGACAACGACCUGGACGCCCUCAUGGCCGACCUAGUGGCCGACCUCAACGCCACCGAGGAGAAACUGGCAGCAGAAAUCGAGGGUCUGAAGGCACCGUCGCCGGAGCCCCCGCCUAAGGACUUGGGCACCCGCCCGCCGUCCUCCAUCAGUUCCAUGAGCAGCAACGUCAGCACACCGACCUCCUCCACCUCCUCACCUUUACCGCCUCCUCAAUGUGCUAAACCUUCUAUGGAGGAAAUUGAGGCCCAGGUAAAAGCAGACAAAAUCAAGAUGGCUCUUGAGAAGCUAAAAGAAGCUAAAGUGAAAAAGCUGGUGGUGAAGGUGCGCAUGAACGACGGCAGCUCCAAGACGCUGAUGGUGGACGAGAGGCAGAGCGUCCGCGAGGUCCUGGACAACCUCUUUGAGAAGACACACUGCGACUGUAACGUGGACUGGAGCUUGUGUGAGACCAACCCGGAGCUGCAACUCGAACGCACAUUUGAGGACCAUGAAAACUUGGUGGAGCCUCUCUUGGCGUGGACGAGGGACACUGAGAACCAAAUCCUCUUUCAAGAGCGGGAAGAGAAGUACGAGGUCUUCAAAAACCCUCAGAUGUUUUACUUGUGGAAGAAGGACAAGAAGACCAUAAAAGACAUGAAAGACAAAGACAAAGAGAUCUUGAUAAAGGAGAACUUCUGCGGGACGUCCAUCAUCGUGCCCGACCUGGAGGGGGUUCUUCACCUCAAAGAAGACGGCAAGAAGUCGUGGAAGCAGCGUCUUUUCCAGCUAAGAGCCUCUGGGAUUUAUUACGUACCCAAAGGCAAGACAAAGUCUUCGCGUGAUCUGGUCUGCUUUGUGCAGUUUGACAACAUCAAUGUGUACUACGGCAAAGACUUCAGGGCCAAAUACAAAUCACCUACAGACUUCUGCUUUGUACUCAAACAUCCUCAAAUCCAGAAGGACUCUGAGUACAUCAAGUACAUGUGCUGUGAUGACGCUUGGACCAUGAACCUCUGGGUGACUGGAAUACGUGUCGCAAAGUACGGCGCCUCUUUGUAUGACAACUACAAAGUCGCAGAGAAGAAGGUGGUCAUGGGUUCUGUGUGGGCCAAAUGCAGCAUUCCAUCAAGCUCCAGUCCAUCCACACAAAACACAUUAUCGAGCCAGGUGGCCAAUGGGCACAGUGCCACACAUCAAUCCAUUUCCAAGGACAACGCUCUACCUGUACCACCACCACCUCCUCCUCCUCCUCCACCAGCAAACUUAGGUGUCCCUUGUCCACCGCCGCCACCUCCCCUACUAGCAGCUAAGAAAUCCUCCAAACGUGCCCCUCAGCAACGACAUCUACCCACCAACUUUCCUCCACCUCCCCCUGCCAUAGUUAACCUUCCUCCUCCACCCCUCGAGGACACCUCAGAAGCUCCACCGGACUUCCUCCCACCACCUCCACCGGCUCCUGGCGCCGGUCAGCUGCCUCCUCCCCCUCCCCCCAUCAAGACUCUUCCUCCACCCAUCAACACUUUUCUUCCUCCUCCUCCUCCACCCAUCAACACUAUUCCUCCAUGCAUCAAGACUCUUCUUCCUCUUCCUCCUCCUCCUAUUAACACUCUUCCUCCGCCUAGUUUCAAGGCAAUGGACCUGCCUCCACCACCACCAGAUCCUGGCUUUUUACCCCCACCGCCACUCACCGGAGGACUUCCACCACCUCCACCACCGCCUCCGGCAACAUCAGCCAACCCGCUGAGAGUACCACUGAAACCUUCUGGAUCAUUGAAAAAGGUACCUCCUCGUCCACCAAAGAGGACUACACCCUCACUGCAUGGAGGAGGAGGAGAAGGAGGUGGUGGAGAUUUUAUGUCAGAACUGAUGCUUGCUAUGCAGAAGAAGAAGCACCCUUAGCCUGAUGACUUAAUGUUUACAAUUUGGGGCCAUCUUGACUUGCAAAGCUAAACUGAUGCAAAUUGUUAAUUGAAACAUUUGCAAAGGUUUGUAAAUAUUCAUAUUUGAAUGAUGUUAAGUAGCCCUACAAAAACAUUUUGUAAAUAAUUUGAAUUUUAAUUCAAUGUCUAAAUCUAGAAAUAAUGUAAUUAUGUAAUUAGACUCAAGCUUGUACUAACAUUAUUUAAUGUAAAUUAAUUGAGGUAAAUAAUUAGGACAAGUGACAGCAAAACAUUUAACUAUAAUACAAUUAUUUCAAAAUGAAAUACAAUAAUUCAUUUUUAAGAUGAAUAAAGAUCUAAUGUAAAGCCUACAUCAAACGUUUCAGUAGAUUGUGUAUUUCUCUUACUUUGGCAAGUUGGCGCUUAGGGGAGAUCACUCAUGAAGAGCAGCUGACCUUUAACAUCUGGGCCCACUUAGGAGGUCUCGCUGCAUAGCCUGCAGCCUCUGCUGAGCUUUGAAUGACGAACGGAGACGAAAGGAUAUGGUGAAGCAGCUCCACCUAGCGGGCAGAAUGACUAAAUGAAUACAAUUCAUAAAAAGCCAGCGUACUGAUGUUUACCUCUGAAAAAUCAUUCCUCUCUGCUUUCCUGAUUGCCGACUCUGCCAUCCAGUUCCUCAGCACAUAUCGUGGGUUCACGCCUACAAGUACACAACAUUCUACUUUGCGUGUUCAUUUUGCAGAAUUGCUAAACCAUACCUAAUUGGCCCCUUGUUAUGAUACAUCAGCGUAUCCGCCAUAGUGGAUGAGGCAGAUCGGCCUUGUAAAGCCUUGUCAGUAUUAGCUGUGAAAGGUAAUCCAAGACGAUGUGUUUGACUGUAAAUUGUUGGUACAAAUCCAUGCAGCGCAUGGAUUAAGCAUUUUCUAUGUUCUUGACGUAUUAAAUGCAACGUCUAUAUACACACGUGUAAAUAACUUUAAACAACUUACCUUUCAUCCUCGCUUGACGCUGCACAUCUUUGUCACGCACCUGCCUGCACAUAGAGCAUAAACACCUCACUGACGUACACUCAAUCGUAGUUGAUUAACUUGUACAUGGUGUCGCUUGCCUGUGGAGGCGCUGUAGGUACACACUCAGCCAGUCAGAGAAGAGUCCAUGUAAUGACAAGUCCUCCAGAGCCCAGGCCUGUCAACACCACGAGCAGCAAUAAAAUAUGUUUUUAAAACCCAACAUUCACAUUAGUUGGCAUCAUUUCCAAAGCUAAAACCGUUGAGCACCUGUGUGAAGUUGUGGUUGUGGAGCUGAAGCGCUGAAGCCUCACUCAGCUGUCUGAAGACCAUCGUGAAGUCAGCCUGCGUGUCCUCCAUCACCUGAAGACAACAUAUAGACUGCUUCAGAAGUACAGGAGAGGGAUUUAUUGGUGAUACACUGAAUUUUCGACAGCAAAAGUUUGGGCUGAAAAUGGCCCAAAGUUGCAUUUUUACCUCAAUAUGGUGGACAAUGACAAGGUAACAGUGCCGAACAAAAAUUAUUAUCUUAUUGGAUCUCGUCAGAUUGUGCAGGUGUACACCUAGUACAUGGGUAUCAAUUUUUUUUUUUUUUACCACUGAGGACCACAGACUAAAAAAAAAAAAAAGGAUGACCAUUAUCAUAUUUUUCAUUCUCAAAUCCAGUAAAAUGCACAGUUGUACCUCAACUUAAGAGUGUCCCAACCUAACAGUGUUUGGAGAUAAGAGCUGUGUUUCAGCUAAUUGAUAUGCUUUAAGUUACAAGCAAAAAUGUGAGUUACAAGCAUCGUUAACAUUAGUUGGCGUAGUAAAUGUCACAUUGAACCCCGAGAGAUCAAAACAAAACAUCUGGUCUUACUUCCUAGCACGAGCUUAUAGCUAGAGAUCAACAAACCCACGGGAAGGGAGAAACAGAGUGUGAAGGACAGUGGAGAUUCAUUGAAUUAAAACAAUUUAAUCAUCAAAAACAUGACCGAGCAUGUUGCCAACUUGGCAAAUUUGAGUGUAUCAUUGCAAGUCUGCACUGUACUAAAGCAGAAUGAGUCUAACGCCAGCCAAGGAUGUUAAAAUUAUUUCUAAACGGCAGACAUUUAUCCAUGAAAACUUUCCAAAUUCUGAUAUGCUAAAAGGUUUUAAGAGUUGUACAUGCAUACAGAUGUUCUAAAUUUGAUUUUUUUACUCUAAAGUUAUAUUAUCCUCUGUUGUUGAAAAUAAUUAUUGUACAUUUAUUAUAACUACAUUGCAUAAAAAAUUACAGUACUUUGUAGCGCAUU